AUGCCCCUGAGAUCUGGGUGCCCCAAAUAUGUGUCACACCCGUUGGUCUCGCCUGGUUUGGGGCCCACGGGCCUUCACAGAUCCAUCCUGCUCGAGAAAUGCAGCAGAAGGAUGGGGUCGAGGGCCCUGGUCGUGAUCUUCCACGAGGCCGCAUGUUUCCGCUACUUCGGAUCUCAGGGAUUGGUCACCUCACCGAUCCUGGCCGUGCCCAUCCUGGGCCUUGGAUUCGAUGUGUGGCGACGCGCUGUCGAGCCGCGGUACCCGUACACGUGGUUUCAUAGUGUCAUUGACUGGCUCAGAGGCAGAUGCCGUGCUCAGGCCACCAGAUGCCUGCUGCUUCGAACGGUGUUUUCAUCAAAAUUCGGCAUCUGGAGCAGCUACUAG